CAUCUCUUGUUUUUCAGAAGAAGCUUCUCAAAAGGUACCAAAACAUAGAUCGUUUCCUCUUCACCUGGGAAGGAAGUGAUGAUUGAAAGAAGAUGGCAGCAAAUGGUUCCUCUGGAUAUCCUGUGUAGCAUCUCUGAUCUUCUUCCAAUGCCAGAUCUCAUAAGAUUCCGCAGUGUCUGCAGCAGCUGGCAUUCCGCCCCAUCCUUCCGCUCGAACAUCACCAAAUUUGUCAAAUAUCAGCCAUGGCUGAUUCUUUAUGGUUUCCAAAACAAGAAAAGUGAUGAUGCCAUUCUUCUUCAGCUCCACUCCAAUGUCAGUUGCACCCUGAAAUUGCCUAUUCUGAACUCAGUGUUAGUUUCCAAGCUAGGAUGGCUACUUUGCCACCAUGGAAAUCACUAUUUCUUCUACAAUCCCUUCACCUUAGAAAAAUUUGACCUUCCACAUUAUCAACGACCCUUGAAACCUGAAACCAAGCAAGUAGCGACUUUUUCGUCCCCUCCUAACUCUGAAGACUGCAUCGUCUUUGUGAUCAGAAGUGAAAAACUCUCAGAAAUAGAGAUCAGUUGGUGCAGACCAUUAGAGAAAAGAUGGUUCUCAGAGAUUCUGGUAAUUGCUGGCAACAAUCCAUUACAAACUGGAGAAUGGCCUUGUGCUGUAUACUGCUCCUGUGAAAAAGAUGGAUCUUGUAAAUGCAAGUAUGGAAACAAGGUCCUGGUUUGGCAAUCCGAGGCGUGGAUGAGAUACGACAUUGAUAAUAGGGUGCUUCAGAGUGGCCAACGCUUAAAGGUGAACCAGCGGAGUUGGUGGACUGAUUUGGUGGAUAGAAGAUUGGAUGAUAUAUUAAGCAACUUUGUGGAAAAAGAUGCCAACAUCUCAUUUGCUCCUUUUAACAGCACAAGAAGCCGUGCCUUGAACUUGAUUCCUUUCGAUUAUAAAGUUAAGACUGGCAUGAGUUCUGGAGCAGAAGCUGCUCCGCUGAAAGCCUUCUGGAUUGAGCCUGAAUUUCCUUGGAGAUAACUUCCUUUGAUUUGUUUUUAUUUUUCCUAAUUUUAUACAGCGAUGCUCUUUACAUUUCACUGUUGAUUGAUAGUCCUUUUUUUCUGUUUCAAGAAGUAAAUUUUAAU